AUGCGCACCUUCGUACCUGCGAUCGAAGACCCCCCCCCCUCACUUCGCACCCAGAGACUGAAAGCCAACGGUUGCAGUUCUCCCAGGCGCUCCCUGUGCUAUUUCUACCUGAAAGUGUCAGAAACCAGCCAGGAGCAGCCCUGUUGGUGGCUGAAGAAUUGCUGGAGAGCAAGCUUCUUCUUACACUCCCUGUCCUACUUCUACCUGCAACUGGCAGAGCCCAGCCAGGGGCUUCCUCAGUUCUUCAUUAGGAGCUACUUGGACGACCAGCCCAUUGCUCGCUAUGACAGCCUCACCAGGAAGAUGCAGCCUCUGGUGCCCUGGAUGGAGGAGGAGGAGGCGGAGAAGGAGGCCUUUCUGGCCCCUGAAUGGAUCUUCAGAGCUGACCUGGAGAAGUUAUCAAAACGGAACCACCAGGCUGAAGGGCUUCACACCUGGCAGGCGGUUUUGGGCUGUGAGCUCUGGGAAGAUGGGAGCAAAGGAGGGUUUUUGCACUAUGGCUACGAUGGGACGGACUUCAUCAGCUUCGACAAGGAGACCCUCAGAUGGAAGACAGCUCAGCACCAGGCUCAGAAGCUCAAAGAGAAGUGGGAGGAUGAUCCAGGGUGGUCUGAGAGAAACAAAUUCUUCCUGGAGAAGACCUGCAUUGAGGGGCUGCAGAGAUACCUGUCCCACAAGAACAAGACUCUGCAGAGGACAGAGCCCCUGGUAGGGAAGGUGACACGCAAGGUAGCGGAUGACAGCCUGGAGGUCCUCAUCUGCCAGGCAUUUGGCUUCUACCCCAAGGAGAUCCAGGCCAUCUGGAUGAAGGAUGGAGAGGUCUGCGAGUAUGAGACCCUCCAUAAAAACGUAGCCCCCAACUCAGAUGGGACCUAUUAUGUCCGGCUCAGCAUUGAGAUCAACCCCAAGGAGAGGGAACGUUUUCAGUGUCACCUGGAGCACGAGGGCUUGCAGGAGCCCCUGGUCUUGGCUUUGAAGGAGGAAAAAGGCUUCUUCACACCCCUGUCCUACUUCUACCUGCAACUGGCAGAGCCCAGCCAGGCUUCCUCAGUUCUUCAUUAG